AUGUCCCCAUGCUCCAGCUCCGCCGGGGCCGAUUUCAAGACUGAAGACAUCCCCGAUUUGACAGGACAAGUCAUCAUCGUCACCGGCGGAAACGUUGGUCUCGGAUAUGAAAGCAUUCGCCAGAUCUCCUCAGCAAAGAAUCCCCCGGCCAGAAUCUACCUCGCCGCGAGAUCUGAGGAGAAGGCCGAGGCAGCUAUCAAGCAGCUGAGAGAAUCCAAUCCAGAAGCCGCGCCCAUUGAGUUCCUCAAGCUCGACCUUGCCUCAUUCGCAAGCAUCAAGGAGGCUGCCAAGACCUUCCUGCGUUCCGAGUCUCGCCUCGACAUCCUUAUGAACAACGCCGGCAUUAUGAUGACCCCCGAGGGACUCACCGAGGACGGCUACGAGAUCCAGUUCGGGACCAACACCGUCGGCACUGCGCUGUUCACUCAACUUCUGAUGCCGCUGCUGCGGCAGACUGCCCGCACCAAUCCCCAGGCUCGCGUGGUCAACCUCUCCUCCGCCUCCGAAAAGGUCGCCCCUGCAACCGGCUACGACUUUGCCAAGCUGAAGACGACCAUGUCCGAGCUGCACACGACGACGCGCUACGGUCUGUCCAAGCUCGGCAUCGUCCACUACACCUUCGCUCUGGCGGAGCGCUUUCCGGACGUCAAGUGCAUCUGCGUCCAUCCGGGCAUGGUGGUGACGAACCUCCACCACAACUCGACUGGUUUCUUCCUUCGCCUCUUCCUCUUCGCGGCUGUGCCCUUCGGCACGCCCAUCGAGAAAGGGGCUCUUUCCCAGAUCUGGGCCGCCGUGAGCCCGGAUGCUAAGCCUGGUGUUUUCUACGGCCCCGUGGGACUGCCGAAUAAGGGAUCUGCGGCUAGUCAGAACCGGGAGAUGCAGGAGAAGCUGUGGGAGUGGAUGCAAGAGGAGCUUAAGGAGCAUGUCCAGGUUUGA